UAGGCGGCUCGGUGCUAAGGGAUGAGUGAGACGUAGCUCGGCCUCUCCCCAGCAAGUUCUCACCGGCUCGGGUUCAGAUUCAGAAAGGGAGCCAGGAGCGAAGCUCACCAGAUCCCCCCGCGGGCAGUACUCCGGGGCUGCGGAGCGCUCCCGCGUGUCCGGCUCUUGGAGUCACCGCAGCUGGAGAAGCGUCAGGACUCUAGUUCUUCAGGGGUGCCAGUGGGCUCUAGGGUCUCUGGUCACUCAAGUCCAGCACACGACCCUCACAGACGCGCUCUGCCCGGGAACCGCGGCGGAACAAGAUAAUUGAAAUCAUUGUGGUUACCAGUGACAGAAAUGGGCAGCAAAACCUUGCCAGCACCGGUGCCCAUCCACCCGUCCCUGCAGCUUACCAAUUACUCUUUCCUUCAGGCAGUGAAUGGCCUGCCUACAGUGCCCUCGGACCACCUGCCCAAUCUGUAUGGUUUCAGUGCUCUUCAUGCGGUGCAUCUGCACCAAUGGACGCUGGGCUACCCAGCCAUGCACUUGCCUCGUUCCUCUUUUUCUAAAGUGCCAGGUGCAGUGUCCAGCCUGGUGGACGCUCGCUUCCAGCUGCCAGCCUUUCCCUGGUUUCCACACGUCAUUCACCCUAAGCCAGAGAUCACCGCGGGAGGCAGCGGCGCAGCGCUAAAGAGCAAGCCGCGCUUUGAUUUUGCUAACCUGGCCUUGGCUGCCACACAAGAGGAUCCCACCAAGCUGGGCCGAGGGGAGGGCCCUGGCUCUCCUGCUGGUGGGCUGGGCGCCCUCCUGGACGUGACCAAGCUAUCCCCAGAAAAGAAGCCAACAAGAGGACGCCUGCCUUCCAAGACCAAGAAGGAAUUCGUCUGCAAAUUCUGUGGCCGCCACUUCACUAAGUCCUAUAACCUUCUUAUCCACGAGCGAACGCACACCGAUGAGCGGCCUUACACCUGUGACAUCUGCCACAAAGCUUUCCGGAGGCAAGACCACCUACGGGACCACAGAUAUAUUCAUUCCAAAGAGAAGCCUUUCAAGUGUCAAGAGUGUGGAAAAGGAUUCUGCCAGUCUCGGACUCUCGCUGUCCACAAGACGCUACACUCACAAGUGAAGGAGCUCAAAACUUCCAAGAUCAAAUGCUAAAUAAACAGAGCCUGCGGGGCACCAGGAACCUGGGGCGCCUUCUCUACCAGAGGGACCCACGCUGAAGGCAACUCUGCGGGCAGCGGGAGGGGCUUUCGGGAUCUUCCUUCCACAGCAACAAAGUCCCCUGGGUCCCUAGCGCUUGCGGCGCUCCUGAGCCUUGGCCCAGGCCGUGACUCCUCCGGCCUGGGCGGCUCCCCUAGGACGCGGCUAAAACUCUUGGCCAAAAGGGUGUACUCAACUCACAUGGCGGAAGGAAAACUGCAUUAAAAAAAAGAAAACCAACACACACACACACACACACACACACACACACACACACACACACAAACGAAAACUCCACUGAGCCGCAGCGGCGCCUCUCACAGAAGUAUUACUUUUUCUGUUGUUAUUUUAUACGUUUUCUUUAUCCUCCCUCCCUCCCCCGACUAUAUAUGCUUGUAAAGUCUUGACUGCGGAGAGGGGGAAAGAACAGAUCUGUGCACCCUGGCAAUUCCCAGUUCCCCUUCCUUUCCCUAUCCCCACACCGGGGAGCCUGCGAAAUGUAAUCCUUGUAUCUGCUUCUGCCAUCCGGCCCCAGGGGCCGCUGGCUCCGCGCGACUCCCGGGCGCUCCGGCUGACCCUCAGCUCCGGGCGCGGAAACCGGGCUGAGAACCAGGCGCCUGGGGCUAGGGGGCCCGGGCCUCCGCUCCCCUGUUCCAACGCUGCGCGCGCGAGCGAGCAGCCGGCCAGGAGCCGGGCGUUGUAUCGCGACUGGCACUUUAUGCUGACCAUCGGACAUUUAUCACUGGAGUUUUUUUUUUAACUAUUAAAUAAACGGUUAUUUUACAGGCA